AUGGUAUAUUGUGGAAAACCAAGCAAGGGCUGCAAUGAAUGCCGACGUCGCAAAAUCAAGUGCGACCAAACUGAACCAUCAUGCCUUCAGUGCUCAAAAGGUGGUCGGGUAUGCACCGGAUAUCGAAACCAGCUGGACCUGAUGUUUCGUGACGAGACCCGGAAGACAGCGCAUAAAGCAUCGACAAAGACUCCAAGGCAGAGAAAUAGCAAAACCGCAAGCUCAAGCCCUUCUUCAAGCUCCAGCCCUUCCUCAAGCUCAACAGAUACCGUUCCAUCAAAAAAACUAAUUUCAUUAACCUCAUCAAAUACCCCGGAGGAAAUCUCACGAAGUCUCUCAAUCAGCCUAAAUCAGCAGGCCAUCUGCUUCUUCCUGUAUAAUUAUGUUGUACCAUGCAUCCCCAGUUCUGGGCGGGUUGGUUACCUUCAUAGCCUUCAAUCCGCGACAUCAGAGGCAGUUAUCGCAUGUAUGGCCUCAGUUGGAAUGGCAACAUUAGCAAACAUAAACUACUCUGCUGAUCUUCGUAUUGCGGCGCGAGAACAAUAUGGCCAUGCACUCUCAUUGACGAACACAAUGUUGCGGGACCCUGUCAAGGCAAGGCAGCCAGCAGCCCUUGAUACUGUCAUGCUGCUAGGCAUGUUUGAGGUUAUUACCUGUCGGAGUAACCGAUCCCUCAGUAGCUGGAGAAGUCAUCAUGAAGGAGCCCUUGCUUUGCUUAAAAUCAAUGCCAAGCCAGCUCCCGAAGACAUUGUGAACUUUCGGAUGUUCUCGCAAGCUCGUGGCCAAAUCCUUUCCAGCUGCCUAUUGACUUCAUCGCGAGCGCCCCCAUUUCUCGAAGGAAUACCACGGGAACAGCAAGGCUGCCUUCCCAAAUCCGAAGGCCUCCUCGAAGAUGUGACCACACUUCUGGUCAAACUGUGCAAUCUACGUGCCGAAAUUGAGGAUCGCAGCUUGGUUUCACCAGAAGAUAUAUUACCCCAAGCCUUUGCCCAGGAAAAAGACUUUGCCUCUAUUAACGCUGAGCUUUGGGAAUUCUACCCUUUCAGUACACUAGAAGUACUGGAACGAGACACCCCCUCGUCACCGGCAGACGAAAUCUAUGGAAAAUACUACCACGCCUAUCCAGAUCUUUUCGUUCCAAAUAUAUAUAACGCUAUACGUGGUGCCCGUAUCCUUAUAACGGAAAUUAUCGAUGAGGCAUCCGUCAAGCUCUCGCCAUCAUCACCUCUAUACGCUCAAUAUGACAACUUACCCCUUCUAAUCGAGCAAAGUCAAACAGCGGCACUACAGGCAGCAUUUGACAUAUGUGCCAGUGUGCCUUACGAUCUAGGAAGCGUCGAAACGAAAAGAAAAGAUGGCACGAAUGUUGGGAGAAUUGGUAGAGCAGUUGGUGGGUACGUUUUACUUUGGCCGUUGUGUCUUGCUGGAGAUUUACCGUAUGCUCCGACCUCGUUACGGGACUGGGCUGUCAACCGCUUCGAAUACAUUGGACGCUCCCUGGGAAUCAAGCAAGCAAUCUGGAUGGCUGCCCUGUUGAGAAUGGGUGGCAUGCGUGCUAAGUUGACAACAUUACGCAUUAGUGAUGAGGAUUGA